GCAUUCUAUCAAAGCUUGAAAAAAACGAGCAAUGCCUGUCUUUACAAAGAUCCUUUAUAAUGAGAUGUCUUGACACCAUCCCAUUGGAUUCAGUAGUUAGGGAACAUAUCUAUAAUAACAUCUUUACACAAAGGGAUCCUUUACCACUUAUGGAAUCAAUCAUUACCAAAAUAUUUUGGAAAGAAGAAGAAGCAAUCAAUGACCCGUUUCUACGGAUCUUACUAGAUCCGGAGGUUGUUUUACAAGCCUCACCCCAUUAUAGUAAAUUGUACUUAAAAUCAGUUAUAGAUCAUAUUAUAGCACUGCAUGUUUCGAUUCCUCCAGAUUCUACUCCACUUGCGACAUAUUUUCAUAAGAUAGAAGCUUGUCAAGAUACGUUCAUUUUGACAACUGUUUCCGACGUUGAAUCAAUAAUUUUAAGUGCAGUAAUUACUGGAGAUGGGGAACAAAUUACUCAAAGUGUUCCUGAAACCGUAACAAACUUUCUCAUGGCACUAGCAGCUGCGGCUGAAGGUCAGGAUAAUAAUACCAACAUUAUCGAAUCUGAAAUUGAUCAAACAAGAGCAGUAGAUGAUGAAUACAGUCUUUCAAAAUUACCACGACUUUGGCGUACAAUUAACAUCGUCAAUUUUAAUAGUUUCCGUGCUUACUAUAACGGAGAUCUGAAGCAAUAUGAAACAAAAUAUCCUUUUCUUGUGAAAAAACUUACAUCUAUACAACGAGAUGAUAUUAAAAAUAUUAUAGAUUUUGAAACUAAACAACCGGCAACAAUUAUUAAUGGAAAAGUCACUGUCCCUCUUUAUUCUUAUAUUUGUGAUCCAUCACUGCAUAUUUGGCCUCCUGUAAUUUCUGAAUUAAUAGAUUUGGAAGGAUCGUUCCCAAGCUUAUUAACUAAUCAAGCGUUUGAAGCCUAUAAAUAUGUUAUGGAUCAGAUUGAG